AUGGCCGAGGGCUCAGACCCAUUUGACGUCAAUCUACAUGGAGCAUCACACCCCAAACAACAUCAACAAAAUCCAAGAAGGGGGGGGCCCAGACAUCACAACAACAGAGGCUUGAAUCAGGAUGACUAUGCACCUUCGCCACUACAUGAACACUCCCACCAGGGCUCCAAUCAACCCUACAGACAAAACAACUCCUCUCACUAUGGAGAGCGACACUAUCCUGCAUUUACCCUGGAAGACGGUGGCAGACACAGGGGCAGGGGGCGAGGUCGGCGAGAUGGGAAUUGGCAAAGACCAGAGGGUGAUUCUGGCUUUCGCGGCUCCAGACCUGCGGGAUAUUCGUCCAAUGGAUCUGAAGAAUUGAGUUGGAGAGUAGACGAUGGAGGAGGAUCUAGGGUUACUAAUGAGAACCAACAUUUCUAUGCCAAACGUCCAAGAAAAUACAACCAGGAUCAAAGAAGAGGAGAAUCCUAUGUCGAGCGCUCCACCUUGAACGUCAAAGCACCGGAGUACACUCCCAGAGAUGCCCCUUUACCAGGCCCUUUACCAGGCCAGGGAAGCUCACGCAAGGCUAAAGCUGAGCCUCUCGGUCCUUACGACCAACUCUCGAAAACUGCAGAGACAAAGCGCAGGACGGGACCAAUCAAACCCCCCAAAGCAGCGGCUCGCGAGGAAGCAGGCUCAGAGAAAGGCGCUGUGAGCCACGAUGACCGUGAAUCGAGCAGAGUGUCUCAGAAGCCCUCACAUAAAGGAGGAAGAGACAUGGAGAGGCAAUUGGCUCCUCACAGCAGAGGUCAGAGAAGGCCCCAGAACCAGAACCCCAGGUCUGGGCCCAAGAGCAGAGACAUGGUGCCAGAGAGCAACGAAACCCAGACAGGUUGUUUGAUUGAACAGCUGUCCGGGGAGAAGUAUGAGUGCAUGGUGUGUUGUGACAUCAUAAGGGUCAUGGCUCCAGUGUGGAGCUGUCAGAGCUGCUAUCACGUCUUCCAUUUGAACUGCAUCAAGAAAUGGGCCCGAUCCCCAGCAUCUCAGGCCGAUGAUUCAGCUGAAGGUUGGCGCUGUCCGGCCUGUCAGAAUGUGACACUAAAAAGUCCCUCUGCGUACACUUGCUUCUGUGGUAAAGUGACAAAUCCAGAGUGGCAGCGCAGUGAGAUUCCACACAGCUGCGGUGACAUGUGUGGGAAGAAGAGGAGUGGAGAGGACUGCAGACACCCCUGUAACAUUCUGUGUCAUCCAGGACCUUGCCCCCAGUGUCCUGCUUUUAUAACUAAAUCAUGCGUCUGUGGAAAGACCAGUCAGCCUGUGCGCUGCGGUCAGGCCUCCGUGCUCCUCUGUGACCGUGUCUGUGGUUCAAUGCUCGGCUGUGGAAAACACAGCUGCUCCCAGGUCUGCCACAGCGGGCCGUGCGAGCCCUGCCAGAUACAAGUUGACCAAGUUUGUUACUGUGGCGUUGGCGCUCGCAAAGUCCUGUGCGGCACAGACAGAGAGGGCUUCGAUGGCUCUGGGCAUUUCUCCUGUGAAAAACUGUGCGGAAAGAUGUUGGAUUGCAAGGCUCAUCGCUGCCAGCAGGCGUGCCAUCGGGGGCCGUGCCAGUCCUGCCCUCUGUCCCCCAGCCGGGUCAAGUCCUGUCCCUGCGAUCAGACCCCACUGAGCAAGCUCUUAGACUUUGGAUACUCUCAACGAAAGCGCUGCACUGAUCCAAUUCCCUCCUGUGGAAAAACAUGCAACAAGCCUCUGCCGUGUGGCUCCAACGACAUGAUCCAUCUGUGUGAAAAACUGUGCCAUGAAGGACCCUGUGGACCCUGCUCCUUGACGUCCUCUGUCCGAUGUCGCUGCGGUGCCAAAUUAAAGGAGGUUCCAUGUGCGACAAUCUUCACAGAAGAUCAGCUCAUGUUCACCUGUGAGAAACGCUGCAACAAGAAGCGCUCGUGCGGUCGUCAUAAAUGUGGCGAGCUCUGUUGUGUGGCCGUGGACCACAAGUGCCCCUUGAUUUGUGGCUACAAGCUGAACUGUGGCCUCCAUCGCUGCCAGGAGCCCUGUCACCGUGGAAACUGUGACCCCUGCUGGCAAUCCAGCUUUGACGAGCUCACUUGUCACUGCGGACUCACGAUCCUGUAUCCCCCGAUUUCAUGUGGCACCAAGCCUCCGGAAUGUAAGAACACGUGCACCCGGAGACACGACUGCGAGCACCCAGUGUUCCAUAACUGCCACAGUGAAGACAAGUGUCCUCCUUGUACUUACCUCACUCAGAAGUGGUGUAUGGGUAAUCAUGAGCAACGCAGCAACAUCCCCUGCCACCUUCAGGACAUCUCCUGUGGUCUGACAUGUAACAAAGAGCUGCCCUGUGAGAUGCACCACUGUCGUCGUAUCUGUCACCGUGGAGAGUGUCAGGCUGAAGGCGUGUGCCAGCAGCCGUGUGCGCGCCCUCGCUCUGAGUGUGGCCACCCAUGUGCUGCUCCCUGCCAUCGAGGCAGCAGCUGCCCACGCAGCACCUGCAGCGCCAAGGUGUCGCUGCAGUGCGACUGUGGCCGAAGAAAGGAGACAGUCGUGUGUGCAGAGGCGGCCAGUUCAUAUCAGAGAUAUGCAGCCAUUGCUGUGGCCAGUAAGCUCUCCGACAUGCAGCUGGGGGACUCUAUGGACCUGGGACCACUGCUCACUAAAAAGGAGAUGAAACAAACCAAGCUUGAAUGUGAUGAAGAAUGUGCGACACUGGAGCGAAAUAGGCGCCUGGCAGAAGCGCUACAGAUCGACCCGUCCUCAGACCCCUUUAAUGUGCGCUCCACGUCUGUGUACAGCGACAGUCUCAAAGAUGACGCCAGGAAAGAUCUGAACUUUGUUUCCAAAGUCGAAGAUGAAAUUAAGAACUUGAUUGAGAUAACUAAUAAGGGAAAACAGGCCAAAAGAUCCUACACCUUUCAGCCAAUGAACAGAGACCACCGCCGCGUCAUCCACGAACUGGCAGAAGUCUACAAACUGGAGAGCAUCAGCUACGACUGCGAGCCCAAACGCAGCGUCAGUGUCACCGCUCAAAAGGGGGUGUCUGCGUGUCCAAAUGCAUCCCUGUCAUCCCUCAUCAAACGGGAGACCGCAGCCAGAGCUCCUCCCCCCAUCGCUCACAUCAAGCAACACAGCAGCAAACCGGUCGCGGGUGUCGCCUUUUCCAAGAUGAAAACCUCGUUAUGUAGUUGGGUUUGA